GGAAGGGGGUGAAAAAAGGAGGGAGGGAGCAACGAAUGGAAUGCUGGGAGCAGUGACGUGUCCCGAGGCCACCGCCCUCUCGGCUCAAGCUAUAUAAAGGGCGCCGCUCACAGCUUCGGUCUUUUUUGCUACGGGUUUGCCGCCGCUUCAGAGGUGCUUUAUCUGAAGUGCAAGAGAGCCAUCCACUAACCAUCCAAAAUGGGAAAGGAAAAGACCCACAUCAACAUUGUUGUCAUCGGACAUGUCGACUCUGGCAAGUCCACCACCACCGGUCAUCUGAUUUACAAAUGUGGUGGCAUUGACAAGAGGACCAUUGAGAAGUUUGAAAAGGAAGCAGCUGAGAUGGGUAAAGGCUCCUUCAAAUAUGCCUGGGUUUUGGACAAACUGAAGGCAGAACGUGAGCGUGGUAUCACUAUUGAUAUCUCACUUUGGAAGUUUGAAACAAGCAAAUACUAUGUCACCAUCAUUGAUGCUCCUGGUCACAGAGACUUCAUCAAAAAUAUGAUUACUGGUACCUCUCAGGCCGACUGUGCUGUCUUGAUUGUCGCUGCUGGUGUUGGUGAAUUUGAAGCCGGUAUUUCCAAGAACGGGCAGACCCGUGAGCACGCCCUUCUGGCCUACACCCUGGGUGUAAAACAGCUCAUUGUUGGCGUUAACAAAAUGGAUUCCACCGAACCACCUUACAGCCAGAAGAGAUAUGAAGAAAUUGUCAAAGAAGUCAGCACAUACAUAAAGAAAAUUGGGUACAACCCAGAUACAGUGGCGUUCGUGCCAAUUUCUGGUUGGAAUGGGGACAACAUGUUGGAGCCCAGUUCUAAUAUGCCCUGGUUUAAGGGGUGGAAAGUUACCCGUAAGGAUGGUAAUGCUAGUGGAACUACUCUGCUGGAAGCUUUGGAUUCCAUCUUGCCACCAACUCGUCCAACUGACAAACCUCUGCGUCUGCCACUUCAGGACGUUUACAAAAUUGGUGGGAUUGGUACUGUACCAGUUGGUCGUGUGGAAACUGGCAUUCUGAAACCAGGCAUGGUAGUAACAUUUGCCCCUGUCAACGUUACAACUGAAGUAAAAUCUGUUGAGAUGCACCAUGAGGCUCUAAGUGAAGCGCUGCCUGGUGACAAUGUUGGCUUCAAUGUAAAGAACGUGUCUGUUAAAGAUGUCCGCCGUGGUAAUGUUGCUGGUGACAGCAAAAAUGACCCACCAAUGGAAGCUGCUGGUUUCACAGCACAGGUUAUCAUUCUGAACCACCCUGGCCAAAUUAGUGCUGGCUAUGCCCCUGUGCUGGAUUGCCACACUGCUCACAUUGCCUGUAAGUUUGCUGAGCUGAAGGAGAAGAUUGAUCGUCGUUCUGGUAAGAAGCUGGAAGAUGGUCCAAAAUUCCUCAAGUCUGGAGAUGCUGCCAUCGUUGACAUGAUCCCUGGCAAGCCCAUGUGUGUCGAGAGCUUCUCUGACUAUCCUCCUCUGGGUCGUUUUGCUGUGCGUGACAUGAGACAAACUGUUGCUGUCGGUGUCAUCAAGGCGGUUGACAAGAAAGCAGCUGGUGCUGGCAAGGUCACAAAGUCUGCCCAGAAGGCUCAGAAGGCUAAAUGAAAAUUCUGUACAUCUGCCACCUCAGUCUUAAUCAAUGGUGGAAGCAUGGUCUCAGAACUGUUUGUCUCAAUUGGCCAUUUAAGUUUAAUAGUAAAAGACUGGUUAAUGAUUACAAUGCAUCGUAAAAGCUUCAGAAGGAAAGGAAUGUUUGUGGACCAUUUGUUUCGUGGCAGUUUAAGUUAUUAGUUUCUAAAAUCGGUAACCUUUUUUUAAAUGGAAACAACUUGACCAAAAUCUGUCACAAAUUUUGAGACCAUUAAAACAAAGUUUAAUGCAAA